UUUGUCUCAUCGGUUCAAAGUUCUGUGCGGUGACGGAUUUGCUCCAGAGGUUCUUGUUUUCGUUACAACCAGGCUCUGUUGCUAUGUGACAAAAAAAAAAAAUGGAAUUAAUCUCAGAUUCAAACUAGUUUUUAUGCGUCUGUUUUGGAGAAGUAGGGGAGUUCUGAUCAAUGAAAUCCUGUCAAUCUUUGAGGCAGGAUGGGGCCAGGGAGGCUUUCUAAACUAAGGAUUAAUCCCAUUUUUAAACCAGAAAAGGAUUCAUCAGAGCUCUUUGAAGCUGCCUUUGGACUUCGAUAAAAAUCAAACCUCAAAGAAAAACAAACAUCUGCAUUAACCAGGGACUAAAUGGCUGCGAGGAAGUCUGGAUCAGACGUGUAUAACAAUGGACCCAUCAGCUACCUUGAUGAUGUUCCCUUCAAGAUCAACGACAAAUUCCGGCGUCCAGCUAAAGUGGGGUUACCUGUUGGUUUCCUUUUGCCAGAUUAUGGAGCUGUACUUGCAGACACAAAGUAUGAUUUUACAUUGGAGAGGCGAAGUGUUCGCUGGGGGAUAGAACUUGCUGACGCCAGAGCAGCAGCAGCCAGAGCGGAGGAGGCAGCAGCCAAGCAGGAGGCUGAGAGCAUAGAGUCUCUGUCUCGGGAUGCUGAUGGAGCAGCGGACGACCAGGACCUUCUACCACCAGCCAUGAACCCGGUCCUUGCUGGACUCAGUCACAACGCCAUCCUCACUCCACUGCCGGCCCCCAGACUCGGCCCCAGAAAAUCCCAGGACAGCACUCCACAGCCGCAAAACCUCAACCUAGCCGACUUCGAGCGGGAGGAAGACCCGUUUGACAAGCUGGAACUGAAAACCCUGGAUGAUAAGGAAGAGCUGAGGAACAUUCUGCAGAGCCAACCUCAGCCUCCGCCCUCUGUGUCUCCACCUCAGCAAGGUUCAGUAUCUCGUGGAGAUAGCCCUUCUCCACCCAGCACCAACACCAGCAUCUCCUCUAAGCCAGGCUUUGCCCACAAGCCAAACGGCUUGGUUGCUUUGCUGGACAUGGACAAAGUGGGGCAUCCCGGCAGAGCGGGCUUUGACACGGACGAUCGGCCUUGUAACAUCCGCUCUCUGACGUUCCCCAAGCUCUCCGAUUCUGGUGAACCGGAGUCGAUAAAGUACAGUGCUGCACCCGUUCCCGUUCCUUCUCCCAGACGGACCCUAACCAACGGAAGCCCGCCAGCAUUACCAAAAACACAAGUCAUUGUUGCCCCCGAGUCACCCAACCACAAGAGUGGAACACCAAAGCCGGCCAACCCUGGAACAGGACCUACUGGUUUACCGUGCGGUGGCGCUCUCCUCAGCAUGACGCCCAGUGAACGUCAGUGUGUGGAGACGCUUGUGGGAAUGGGUUACUCUUAUGAGGAAGUUUUACGGGCCAUGCAGAGACAGGGCCAGAAUGUGGAGCAGGUAUUGGACUAUCUGUUUCUUCAUGGUCGUCUGUGCGAGAGAGGCUUUGAUGCCAGCGCUGUGGAAGAGUGCUUAGAAAUGUACCAGUGCUCAGAAGAAAAGGCCUUGCAGUAUCUUGAACUCAUGUCCAGAUUUGGUGAAAUGGGGUUCGAGAGAGACGCGAUCAAAGAGGUCCUGCUAGUCCACAACAACGAUCAGGACAAGGCUCUGGAGGAUCUGAUGGCGCGCGCCGCUGCGAGCUGAGCCAAGCCGGCGGGGAAGCCAAAGCUCUACUCCAGGCAUCUGUCUCCACUCCCAACCUGAAGCCCCUUUCCCUCUGCCUACCUUAUCUCACUACGCCCUGCCCUUUUUGCCUUGGCUGUGGAAAGGACACCCCGGAGGCGAUUUCUGUCUGUGCUAAAACAUACCAUGCCUCAGCACUUCUGAAAGUUUGUGUGCCUAGAUUGGAUUGAGUUAACAUGUACCUAUACUAAAUGCUCAUUUCAGGUACUGCUGUGUUAUUGGAGUAAAUGACUUGAUGCUGGGAAACGUGGGCUGUGGCAUCUCGAUGCCACUCUAAUUUGCUUCCUCUUGGAAGUCUUUCGAUGAAUGCAGGAGAAACUGCGCAAUUAAACGGGGGGAGGAGGAGCUAGCGGUGUGCACCUCAUGGGAAGACUUGUGGGAACUUAAACUCUUUGAUAAGACAGCUGCCAUGUUCUCCUGCUUGCUGCAGACUUUUUAAAAAGGUGAUGGGAGUGGAGAGGUCGAGAGACGGCCCUCUUUUCUAAUUGAACCAGCUUACAGUGAAAGGCACAAUCACAGAACAGAGCUGACUCUCAAGAAGUGCCCUCUGAGCUGUCGUGCCCAGGACCUAUUUCUGUUCUUCUUUAUGCUUUUCUUACAUUCAUGUCUUUUUUUUUUUUGUUUGUUUGUUUUUCUGUUCAUUUUGGACAUCAUUUUUGUCUGUUUAAAGGUUGCAUUUAUUUGCUUUCUGUUUUAGGAAUUGCAUUAUAGAUCAUUAGUCAUGAAAACUCUGAAAAUGAAAGAGUGCCCUGUUGCACUCUUCCACCUGCACUGGAAAGAAACCUGCUUCAGUGGGAAACUUUUUUUCUCCCUAAAAGAAACAUAAUAUGUCUCUUGCCCCAAUUGUCACUGAUCAUACAACGCACAGGCGCACACACGUUUCAUUUAUUCAGAUGUUAUUUAAAAGAGUACACUGACACUUUGAUUUAAGAUUUAUUUGGAGCUCGGUGGGAUUAUGUAAGAUAUGUUAACGUACAAAUGCAACUCUAUAGAACUGUCCUGAGCGUUUGUUUGCAGACUGAAGCAGUGAGAGGCAACAACAACAAAAAAAUAAUAAUAUAAGUGAGGGUUGUUUGUUUUUCUGCAGCCAAAUUACAGUGCAAUAGACACAUUUCAUGUUGUAUGGCUGUUGACUUGCACUUUGAGCCUCCAUAAAUGUUAAAAGGAAUGGUCUUUAAAGCCUUACUGGAAAUGUGGAUGAAAGUUUCUGUUUUAUUGAGUUCUGUCAUUUGUUUUCUGUCACUGAAUUUAAUAUGACAAAAUUUAAUCAAGGCUGAGGUUGGACUCUUGUUUUCCUCCCCUGAUCCCUAUGUACUUUUUUUUUUUUUCUCCAUACCUCAGGCAGGUUGAGUAUUUUCAUGUAUUAUUCAAAGGCAAGCCCUGACAAGGCAUGGGCCGGUAUGAGAUUGUGAUAAUCUUCAAAAAAAAAAAAAGAUACUACCAUUUUUCCCUGCCAAGAAAUGUAGCAGAUGUGUAUAACAAUCUAAUUGCUUUUAUUAAAAACAAAAGAUGAGCAAUAGUUAUUCAUGUUACUAGACUAAAACAUUUUAUAUUGACCCACUCUGAAAAGUAACAAAAUAUUUUUGCCAAAAUUAUAAGGUGAUUUAGAAAAUGCAGUUCUCAUGAGAUACAAACCAACCUGCCCCGACUGUUAAAUAAUAAAUUGGCCAUUGUUAACUUUUUCUUUUGGGUUCUAGUUUCAUCAGCCACAACAAGGUCCAACUCCUGCCAGACUUGUAGACUCAUUGGAUUACUUAAAUAGAACCCGUCAUUCAACAUGAAGUAGGCUAAAACAGCACAUCAUGCUCUAAUCUGAAGAAAUCUUAGAGGAAAUGAGAGUUCGACAUUGGGAAGGGUUAAAAAAGCCCUUGCUCAGGGUUUUGGACCAUCACUGAGAACCACUAUUAAAACACGGAACAGUGGUGAACCUUCCCAUAAAACACAUGCCAACAAAAAUAAUUCAAAUAGCAAAGUGAUGAGUCAUCCAGGAAGUUGCGAAAAAAAAACAAACAUCUAAUGCACUACGGGCCCCAUUUCCCUCAGUUAAAGUCAGUGUUCUUGAUUUAAGCAGUAGGAAAGACCUGAGUGAAAUUGGCUCCCUAACAAAUCAUUAUCUAACAAAAUUGGUUAGUGCAGCAAAAAUUGUGCCACUAUCAUCUUAAAGAUAUCAAUAAAUGUUUCCACAGAGCCUGAAAUGUCAUCCAGACCUCCCACCUUCUUCAAAUCAGACAAAAAUGGGAUUAAUCAACUCGACUACGUUUGUGCCGGUUUGUACUGCAAAGAUUUUCAUUUGUGUAACGUUUCGCACCAGUUUUGUUAGAUUUGAAGAGGUUGGGGUGAAAAACAAUGAAGACGUCCACAGUGAUCAAUGGGAAGGGGUCAGUGUCUGAGCCACUGCUGACCAAAAAGACCCUGAAGGUUGUCUUUCAUUUUCCACUAUAAAUACUGAUGAGUUCCAAGAGCUGUUGGGAAAUGUUCUGUAAACUUAUAAGUGCGUCAAGCUAAUAGCAUCCAGAGAAAGAAAAUUAUACCCACAGUCAAACAUAAUGGGGUAGUGUGCGGUGGUCUAAGUAACUGGACACGUUGUGCUUGAUGAAACCAUUCAUUUCGCCCUCUAUCUGGAAAUCUUGCAAGAGAACGUUCAACCAUUAACUUGUGACCUUGGGCCCAAGCACACUUGGACUCAAACCGCAGCAAUAACUCUAAAAAAAAAAAGAUUUUGGACUGAAGUUUGGAUGGAUUUAAAUCGAUGGUGUGGCGUCAAACGUUUACCAGCGAGGUUGCAUAAAAAUGGUUCUGCAAAGGAGAUUGAGCUAAAAUUCCUCCAUUUCAGUCGAAGACUCACUUCAAGUUACUGCAAAAACGUAACAUUUGCAGUAAGCGACGAUACAACGGUGAUACAACAAACUAUAAAGGGGGCUAUUCAUUUUUCACCACAGGGUUAGGUUAUUUUGAUAACUUGUAAUUCACUUAAUAAAUGAAAAGAGAAAUAUUUUGUAUUUACGAAGGUUAUGUUUGUCCUGUGUUGCAAUUUGAUGAUCUGGAACGUUAAAAUGUAAAAACAAGAAAACCCUAGAAUAAACUGUAAGGGCUAAUAAUUUUUCUCAGCACUGUAAACUUGGAGAAAUAAAGAAUAAACACCGGUGCUUAUUUGCAGCACUGUUACUUCACCAAUACAACCGGCGACCCUCACUCUGGCCUCUCAUUAAAAGGACGAAUGAAAAGUGUUGCGGUUUUUUGAGACCGUAACUCUAAACACUUGAGUGUUUCUUGAGACGCGUGACUGGCCCAUGCCUUAUCCAGACACUAAAACCAGUGAAAUUAUGCUUGCAAUCACACUUUUGGGAUAUGACAACAUAUUUGUCGAGUCUAAAAUACCUUCCAGACGACAAGACUUGAGACUUUUUACAACACAUGGAUCGCUCCCUGACUCGUAAUUCCUUGCAGAGUUGGAAUUUCCAUGUCGUAAUAAUUCAUUCGAGUUCCUAUAGGAAGCACUUUAAGUUAAAUAGGUUUGACAUGACUGACAGCUGCUUCUUCCUUUUUUUAAUUUUUUUUUAUUAUUUAAGUUUCUAUGAUUUAAAAAAGAACAGAAAACACAUAAGUGGUAUUAUUGUCUUCACACUUGACUUGUUAAAUUUUUGUUAUCCACACAGAUAUUAAUUAAAGCUGUGCAUCUUUGGCUGUUCCUGUUCAGAUAUUUUUGUUUGUUUGUUUUAUUUGGAUUAUAGGUUUUGGGUAAAAACAUAUUUGUGUAAAAAAAAUAAAUAAAUAAAAUGUCAGUUUCCGCAUUACCACAAAGCAAAUCUAAUCAGUUCUGAUUAGAUUUAACGUUAACGGUAAGGUUGGUGAGCUCAGUGUCGUUUUACAGAUUCAUUGAUGCGUUUCGACAAAAUGUUUAAUUUUCUGUGAGAUUAUUUAGAAAAUCCAACUAAUUAAACAUGCUCAUCUUUUCGGCAUUGCA